GCCGCUCUCCGCCGCUCUCCCUGCGCUGCCCGCGCUCCCCGCCGCUCUCCCUGCGCUCCGCCGCGCCCGCGCCGGGGACACCGAGGACCCGGCUCCACCGCGCCGCCGGCCCAGGGGCCCUUCGCAGCCCGCCGCCUCCCGCCCGUCCGAGCGCCGCGGCCACCUGCUCACUCCCUCCGAUGGAGCUGGACCACAUGAAGAGCGGCGGCCUCCACGCCUACCCCGGGCCGCGGGGCGGGCCGGCCGCCAAGCCCAACGUGAUCCUGCAGAUCGGUAAGUGCCGGGCCGAGAUGCUGGAGCACGUGCGGAGGACCCACCGGCACCUGCUGACCGAGGUGUCCAAGCAGGUGGAGCGGGAGCUGAAGGGGCUGCACAGGUCGGUGGGUAAGCUGGAGAGCAACCUGGACGGCUACGUGCCCACCGGCGACUCGCAGCGCUGGAAGAAGUCCAUCAAGGCCUGCCUGUGCCGCUGCCAGGAGACCAUCGCCAACCUGGAGCGCUGGGUCAAGCGCGAGAUGCACGUGUGGCGGGAGGUCUUCUACCGGCUGGAGAGGUGGGCCGACCGCCUGGAGUCCAUGGGCGGCAAGUACCCCGUGGGCGGCGAGCCGGCCCGCCACACCGUGUCCGUGGGCGUCGGGGGUCCCGAGGGCUACUGCCACGACGCCGAUGGGUACGACUACACGGUCAGCCCCUACGCCAUCACCCCGCCCCCCGCCGCCGGCGAGCUGCCCGGGCAGGAGCCCGCCGAGGCCCAGCAGUACCCGCCCUGGGCGCCCGGCGAGGACGGGCAGCCCGGGCCCGGCGUGGACACGCAGAUCUUCGAGGACCCGAGGGAGUUCCUCAGCCACCUGGAGGAGUACCUGCGGCAGGUGGGCGGCUCCGAGGAGUACUGGCUGUCCCAAAUCCAGAACCACAUGAACGGGCCGGCCAAGAAGUGGUGGGAGUUCAAGCAGGGCUCCGUGAAGAACUGGGUGGAGUUCAAGAAGGAAUUCCUGCAGUACAGCGAGGGCACGCUGUCCCGCGAGGCCAUCCAGCGCGAGCUGGACCUGCCGCAGAAACAGGGGGAGCCGCUGGACCAGUUCCUGUGGCGCAAGCGGGACCUGUACCAGACGCUGUACGUGGACGCCGAGGAGGAGGAGAUCAUCCAGUACGUGGUGGGCACCCUGCAGCCCAAGCUGAAGCGCUUCCUGCGGCACCCGCUGCCCAAGACCCUGGAGCAGCUCAUCCAGAGGGGCAAGGAGGUGCAGGAUGGCCUGGACCAGGCCUCCGAGCCCGCCGGCCCCCAGCUGCCCGCCGAGGAGGAGGCCGAGGCCCUCACGCCGGCCCUCACCAGCGAGUCUGUGGCCAGCGACCGGACCCAGCCCGAAUAGAGGGCGGCCCAGGCCGCAGCCCGCCCGCCACCCCCCGCCCGUGGCCUUUGCCAACCAGGACUGUCCGAGCCGGGCCGAGCCCCGUGCGGGGGAGCCCUCGUCCCCCGCCCGCUGGGCACCCCACCUCCGCCUCCCGGCCGGACUCGCACAAACACGCGUCACCCAGACGUGGACACUCGCCCCCCCCCCCCCCCGCCGGCAAGGGGGCCCCCCCCCCCGCCCCCGUCCUGCGGGGCCCCUGCCUCGUCACCUGCCUUUCUCCUGUCUGUCUUUCCCGGCCCCCAUCCGCACCCUGCACACUCUCAGGCCGUGACCCGACUUCCAGGCUCCCUUAUUCCGCCCGCCGCCUGGGCCCUCCGGGCAUUCAGAGGUCAAGUGUCCGGGCGGCACAGGCCAGUGCGCACCAAGCUCGAGGGACACCCUGGAACAGACGCGAAGACAGACCGGUGCCGCCGGAACCCUGGCUUCUGGCAAUCGCUGCGCGGCCGGCUGGCACUCGCGUCACCGCCUCGGGCAGCUGGCCAGCCUCGGGCCACGAGGCCCCUCCUCCUGGAGGACACUGAAGCGUAAGACGCAGCAGCAGCAGCAGCAGCAGCAGACCUGGCGUCCUGGUGCCUCCUGGCCCCUCAGCAUCAGUGAUUCACACCAGCCUGGAAAAGGAUCGGCUGGGCUCGAUGACUCACCCACGGCGGGCGGAGGGUCCCACAGGGCCCCGAGUCCUCACACUCAGCUGAGGAGCCGGGAGACUGACGACAGGUCCCAAGGCUCCCACAGAGUCUUUGCUGCUUGCCUCGCACUUCCCUCCCUCUCCUCCUGCAAGCUGCCUGCACACGAGGAGACGUUGAGGUCGGCGAGAGGGGCUGCAGAGAGGACAGGCCCGGCGGAAAGCUGGAGGUGAAGACGGGCCAGCGUGAGGGCCAGGGCCUGCCGCCAGGCCUGCCCCGCUGGCCACCAGCCCUCCCGCCCCCAGGUCCGCUGCGGCUGGAGUCGGGGUCGGCCACCUUGGGCCCUGCCUCGCUCCAGCCCAGGAACCCCCGGCCACGGCACGGCGGCCGUCCUCUCCUACCAGAGCUUUCCGGGAGCUCUGACGCCGAGGCCACAGCCCCUGCUCCCGCCCGCAGCCCCAGGCCCGCAGCCCCAGCAGUGCCCAGAAGCCUUUGCCCCUGGGGCUUAAGCGGGCUCUCUGCCAGGCCCCGCCAUUGCCAGGGUCCGGACCCCCACCUCUCCAAACACCAGCACCCCGGUGCAGACUGGCCACUCAGGUCUGUAGCCCCAGCAGGCCCUGGCUGGGGGUCCUCCUUUCCACCUGUCCAGUGGGGGUUCCCAGGUUCAGAAGACUGGUGUCUGCAGAAGAUUCUGUCAACCCCGACAUCAUGCACUCCUGCCAGCACCCCCAGAUUUUAUUUUUGCACAUAAGCCAUAACCCACACUCACAAGCUGGCACGGGCUGCAGGGAGGCCCCAGGGUCCUCAAGAGGGUGUGGCCAGCCCUCCCUGUCCCCAGUGGAUCAGGCCUUGAUGUCAGGCCAAGCUGUGUGCAGCCCCCUGUCACCUUCCCUGAAGACAGACUUUUUAAGUUUUUGUUAAUAAAACACUGAAACUUC